AUGAACGAUCUAACCGCUAAAAUGGCGAACGGUGCGGCGCCGAAUAUUCCACUAGCUCUUGCUCCGGGGUCUAAGGGUCCCGAGCACCUCAUUACUGAUGGUUUUGACGCGGAGGCACAGGUAACAGACGAUGGUCGCGUGGAUAUUGCAGUUAACGAUGAUGAUCCGCAGGUAGCUAGCCUGUUGGAUGCUCUCCAGCGACAGACCACUCGUCGCCCAUCGCUGAUACGACAUGACGGUGCUCAAUUUCCAGUUCGGCUAAACGUGGUCAUUCAUGUCGUGGGAUCUCGUGGCGAUGUGCAACCAUUUAUCGCCUUGGGCCGAGCAAUGAAGAGACAUGGACACCGCGUUAGACUGGCAACACAUUUGGUGUUCCGAGAUUUUGUGAAGGAGAAUGGAUUGGAAUUCUUCAAUAUCGGGGGCGACCCGGCUGAACUCAUGUCGUUCAUGGUGAAGAAUGACAAGCUCAUCCCAAAGAUGGAGACCUUGGUCCAAGGGGCGAUCGGCAAACGCCGUAAAGAUAUUAGACUAAUGCUCGGUGGGUGUUGGAGAUCUUGUAUUGAAGCUGGCGAAGGUAUCGAUUUGACCAGUGACGACCCAAUAACUGCGGCGCCAUUUGUGGCCGAUGCUAUCGUCGCGAACCCCCCCAGCUUCGCCCAUGUCCACUGUGCAGAAAAGAUGGGUGUUCCAUUGCAUUUGAUGUUUACAAUGCCAUGGUCCCCUACUCAAGCGUUUGCGCAUCCGUUAGCAAAUGUCCGGGUUCGCGAUACAAAACCGUCAGUAGCAAACUUCGCAUCUUACGCCCUGAUGGAGAUGGUGAUGUGGCAAGGUGUGGGCGACCUCAUUAAUGCGUUUCGUCGCUUCGAGCUGGGGUUGGAGCAGUUGGAUGUGAUGCGAGCGCCGAGUCUGAUCCCUCGACUACGUGUUCCUUUCACCUAUAUGUGGUCCCCGUCACUCUUGCCAAAGCCGGACGAUUGGCAAGAGCAUAUCGACAUAACGGGCUUCAACUUCCUGCCUGCCAACGCCGACUAUGUCCCUCCCUCCGACUUGGUUGAGUUCUUGGACGGUGGCCCCCCACCGCUCUACAUUGGCUUUGGCUCUAUCGUGGUUGAUGACCCCGAUGCUCUCACGAAGACUAUCCUAGAUGCAGUUGAAAUGACUGGCCAACGAGCAUUAGUCUCAAAGGGAUGGGGUGGUCUUGGAGCCGAAAAGAUAAACCGCCCAGAUGUCUUCUUCCUCGGAAACUGUCCGCACGAUUGGCUUUUCAAACGGGUUUCCUGUGUAAUCCACCACGGAGGCGCGGGGACCACGGCUGCAGGCCUCGCCCUAGGCCGGCCGACUACUGUUGUGCCCUUCUUCGGAGACCAGCCCUUCUGGGGUGCUCUCAUCGCGUCUAACGGAGCAGGGCCUGCGCCAAUCCCUUUCAAAAAGCUUACUGCCGAUCGUUUGGCCGAUGCGAUCCACUUCUGUUUGAAGGCUUCUACUAUAGACAAAGCACAGGAACUUAGCGGGAAAAUGCGCUCGGAGGAUGGCGCCCGCGAUAGCCUACACAGCUUUCAUAGCCAACUCGACCUUCGCCGCAUCCAAUGCACGUUGUGUCCUGAUCGUCCGGCUGUCUGGCGUGUUAGACGAACGAAGAUAUUACUUAGUACAUUCGCGGCUACUGUUCUGGUCCAGGAGAAGAAGCUCAACCCUAAAGAUGUCAAAAUGUACCGUGCAAAGCGCUACGACAUCGAUCACAGCUGCGCAGGGGCCGACACCUUCACUGGUGCCAUAAGCAAUUUCCUUACUGGGCUCGUUGACGUGCCGGUCAACGCAGUCCACAAUAUAUCGCGUCCAGCUGCCGAUCGCUUUGCGGAAAACUAUAACCUACCAUCCUGUGAGGCGCGCAAAGCGAUGCUAACGCCGGCGGCCUCCGUCGCAACCCCGAGUGCAACCUCGCAAAAGGAUCGUGUACAAACUAAUGACGACGCGAAAUCGAUGUCUAGUUUGUCAUCCUCGUCGACCUCCAUGUCACAGGAAGGUACGCCGUCAAUGGUUGUCAAGCGGAAUCCCUUGCAAAACAUAGCGGUGAACAGCAGUUAUCUUGGUCGCAGGGUGCUUAACUGGGUGGUUGAAGUGCCCAUGGGGGUCACGCUGUUGUUCUCUCAGUUCACACAUAAUGCCCCACGGUGCUACAAUGAUCAAACUGUGCGAGAGUUACCUGAGGUGACAGGGGUUCGGUCUGGAUUUGUUGCGGCCGGAAAGGAAUUCGGAUACAGUUGGUACGAUGGGAUCACUGGCGUAGUAACGCAACCCAGCCGCGGCUGGAAAGAUGGUGGAUUUGGUGGAAUGACAAAAGGCGUGGGUAAAGGUGUGGGGGGCUUAAUCCUCAAACCUCAAGCCGGUAUCUGGGGCUUGAUCGGCUAUCCUCUAAAUGGUGUACAUCGAGCCAUUGAACACUCAUAUGGGGCGGACAGAAAGGGUUACAUUGUCCGAUCGCGCAUCAGGCAGGGAGUUGCAGAAUGUAAAGCUGCGUCGCAGGAGGAGAGGAUGGCUGUGCUGGAGAAAUGGAGUACUUACGAGAAAGGAGUUCGAGUAAGGCAUGAGAAGAAGGCUCGCACAUGAUUCUAUUUCGUUCCCCAUGUAUAUCUAUUUCAAGAACACCUAACGAGUAUCUACU